CUGGUCUUUUGAGGCCUCUGGUCUUUUGAGGCCUUCGUUUUCGAGGCCUUCGUUUCGAGGCCUUCGCCCCAGCGUCGGAUGGAGUACAAGACGGCGAAGGCGCUCGAAAAGCUCGACGCGCGCAGCACGCAACGGCAGGGCGCGCUCGAGCUCCGCGCAUGUCUCGAGGCCGGCUCCCUCAGCUCUCUCCUCAGCGCGCUCCUGAAGAACCUGAGGAGGGCGCCGGGAGUGGUUGCCUCGUGCGAGACCGUCUCCAUUUUGGCCGAGGCCUUUGAGACGUCGCCGUUGGAGUGUUUGCCGAACGCAGUCAAGAUUGUCACCGCCAUCGUUGCGCAGAUUGGACGCGGCGACGCUCGCCAGCGAGAGACUUGCGCCGCUGCGCUUGGCCGGAUAGCUGCAGCACUCUCGCAGUUCCCGCCGGUUGAGGGUGGGCCAGCUUUUGGCUCCGUCGCGAGCCUGCGGCUGGCGGUCCUCUUCUCGCCUCUUGUCACGGCCCUCUCCGCUCCAAACGCCGCAAUGCAGGAGGGGGCGGCCAUCGCCAUCGUAGCGGUCCUAGAGCGCGCUGCCGAUGCCGACGUGGAGGCGUUGCGCUACGAUCGUGUGGCCGCGGUGCGCUCGGCUGUCGGCGAGGCUCUCGCCGCCAUGCCCGCCGGGGUGGCACCAGACCGGGCGCCAUUACGCAAGCCUCGCGUUCCCCGCCCCGGGGCACUUCCGACGCGACGGCUGGCCGCCAGCCACGAGGGGAUCGACGUGGUCCUCUUCAAGCCGCCACCCGGCCAACUUUGGGAGCCGCCCGAGUUGCCAGAGGCGCAGGACACCACAGCGAAUGCGACCAAGGCUGAGGCGAAGAGCAGCUCGCCGCUGCUGAUCGACCCGACCACGCCACAUUUGCCGCCGGCGCCGCGGUUGGUUGUGGGCUCCGGGGAGGCGGAGCGGCGGCGGCUCGUGACGGACGGCUCGAUUGACAAGGAGAAUGCGCAGCUCGCAUCCUCGCACCUGCUCUCCCCCGCCUUGAAGCUGGAGGAGUGUGCGCAGCACGCUUUUGAGGACCUCGCGGCGCGGCGACUGUCGGCGCUGCCUGCGGAUCCGCCGGAGCGCUUUGAGGAGUCUGCCGCUGCUGUCCCUCCCGACUUCGGAGAGCCUGAGGAGGCGGAGGAGGAGGCGACGGAGGUAAAGGAGAACGUGUCACCGCUCGGCGCCGUUGCGGCGGCCAGCGGGGAGCUCACGGCGGAGCUGCGUCCGCGAGUGUUGCGCUUGCUGAGCGAGGACACCGAGGCUGCCAGCGCCGACGUCGCCGACGUCGAAGAGUCCUCCCUUUCCGGAGCCCCCGGCGGAGCUGCGUCCGGAGAGGGGCUGCCGUUCGACGGCGAAGCGGGUCGCCCUACCGAGGGCGCAGAGGCGGGAGACGACCUGGCGGAGGAGGUUCAGGCGGCGGUCGCACUUGCCCACCCCCAUUUGCAGCUUGCGCCCUCACGAGUCUGGGCUGAGGUCGACCAUCAGCCCGCGCCGCAGCUUGCGCCCUCGGAGGACUUUGAGGUCUUCCGCGACGGGCCGGCCUUGCACAAGACUAGCGAGCAGCUCGUGCUGGCGCUGCAGGAGCGGCUCGAUCGCGCGGUGUCCGAGAUUGACGCGUUGCGCGCGGCUCUGUUUGAGGAGCGCUCGUUGAGGCAGGCGCUGGAAAGGCGCCACCUUCUCCCUUCCGACUAGGGCGGCUGGCUCCUUACCGUGGGGCUAGGAGAGGGGCAAGCGUUCGUCACGUCUGCCUCUCGCGAGGUCAGGUCACCUCGACACUAUGAGUCUACGACAGGUCUCUCGUGUCGAGUGUGUGCAGUCUCGCGCGAUGGCGAUAUGGCACUACCACUCUCACUGCGAGGCGUCGUUGCAGCUUGCACGUCGUGGCGAGGGGGGAGAAAUUGCAUGAGAGAUGAGUCUCGUAGGGCCCUAGGGGGUUGUAGGGGGGUUGUGCGCGGAAGCUCUGCGAGCUCGGCGGGGGCGGCACACAAGACAUAUGUUCUACGCUUCUACCG